AUGGCCGCCAUCUCGCCCCAGCGGUCUCACCUGGACCCGGACAAGGAAGACCAGAAGAUGGGCGCCCGCGGCAGCAACGGGGGCGCCGUCGGCCUGCACGACGUGCACAACGCCGAUGGCUCGUCCCUUGUCGGCAGCGACAUCCUGGGUCUGGAGGCCCUCGACCCGGCUCUCAACAUGAAGAUGCAUCUGGUGAAUAACGCCAUUGAUGAGAUUGGUUGGACCCCGUACCACACCAAGCUCUUCUUCCUGAAUGGCUUUGGUUAUGCUGUUGACUCGCUGAUCCUGCUGUUCCAAUCCAUCAUCGCCGGCCAGGCCUUUCAAGAGUUUGGGCGCAAGGGCUACGCCAACGGCAUGACCAUCGCCGUGUACGUGGGCAUGCUGGCGGGCGCCAUCUUCUGGGGCUUCGGCGCCGACAUCAUCGGCCGCAAGUACGCCUUCAACAUCUCCCUCUUCAUCUGUUCGACCAGCUGCGUCGUGGCCGGCGCCAUGCCCACCUGGGAGUCGCUCGGCGUCUUCAUCGCCCUGCUCGGCUUCGGCGGCGGCGGCAACCUCGUCAUGGACACGACCGUCUUCCUCGAGUUCCUCCCCGGCAGCAAGCAGUGGCUCCUGACCUUCCUCGCCGCCUGGUGGGGUGUCGGCCAGGCCGUCGCCGGCUUCAUCGCCUGGGGCUUCAUGGUCCCCCGCCGGUGGAACUGCGCCGCCGACGCCCUGGCCUGCUCCAAGGACGAGAACUGGGGCUGGCGCUACACCCUCUUCACCGGUGGCGCCCUCGUCUUCGUCCUCUCCCUCCUGCGCAUCACCAUUGUCCGCCUGCGCGAGACCCCCAAGUACCUGCUCGGCAUGGGCAGGGACGCCGAGGUCGUCGAGACCUUUGAGUACCUGUCGCGCAAGUACAACCGCCCCUGCUCCCUGACGCUCGAGAAGCUCGAGGCCUGCGGCACCAUCAACGACAGCCACAAAAAGGGUGGCUUCUUUGGCGAGCUCAUGGUCCACCUGCGCGGUCUGUUCGGCACCAAGAAGAUGGGCAUCUCGACCAGCAUGAUCUGGUUCUCCUGGACGCUGAUCGGCCUCGCGUACCCGCUCUUCAACGUCUUCCUGCCUCAGUACCUCGCCGCGCGCGGCGCAGAGUUCAACCGCACCCCGUUCGAGACGUGGCGCAACUACGCGCUGACCAACGUCAGCGGCAUCUUCGGCCCCAUGCUCGCCGGCCUUCUGUGCAACAUUCGGCUCCUCGGCCGCCGCUACACCAUGGUCAUCGGCGCGCUCAUCACCUGCGCCUUCUUCUUUGGCUACACCGCCGUCCGCAAGGACUACCAGGACGUCCUCUUCACGUGCCUCAUCAACUUCUGCCUCAACAUCUACUACGGCACCCUCUACGCCUACACGCCCGAGGUCCUGCCCAGCGCCCACCGCGCGACCGGCAAUGGCAUCUCGGUGGCCUUUAACCGCAUCAUGGGCAUCAUCUCGGCCGUCGUGGCGUCCGAGGGCAACACCGCGACGAGCGUGCCCAUCUAUGUCUGCGCCGCGCUGUUCAUCGUCGCAGCCAUCACGUCGGCCCUGUUCCCCUUUGAGCCCUACGGCCGCAGGAGCUCCUAA